CCUCCUUUACUCUCUGCUACAUACACACCACCAUGCCCACGCCCACGCUCUCUGCCGCCGCAAAGGCCAAGCUCGACGCGCUCCUCCACACGAGCGUGGCGCAGCCCGAGACCCCCGCGUUCGCAUUCGCCGCCGCCACGGCCGACGAGCUGCUCUACUUCAACUCUGCGGGCGAGCGGGUCUGGGGAUCCCCCGACAAGGGCCAGGUGGACGACACGACGCUGUACCAGCUCUACUCGAUGACCAAGCUCGUGACUGCCGUCGCGGCGCUGCAGCUCGUCGACGAGGGCAAGCUCGAGAUCGACGACGGGGCGAUCAUCGAGCAGACGCUCCCUGAGCUCGCAGCGCGCCCGAUCCUGAGCUAUGACGCCGACGGCAAGGAAGUCCUCACGGCGCGCAAGAACCCCAUCACGCUGCGCCGGCUCCUCUCGCACACGUCGGGACUGGGAUACACGCUCUUCGACCCGCGCUACGUCCGCUGGAUGAAGGACCACGGCAAGCCACAAACCUUGUUCAUGUCGGCCGGGGGCGGGCUCGGCGCGCUCGAGAUCCCGCUCCUCUUCGAGCCGGGCACGUCGUUCGUGUACGGCGUCGGUAUCGACUGGGCCGGCGUGCUCGUCGAGCGGCUCAGCGGGCUCUCGCUUGAAGAGUACUUCCAGCAGCGCAUCUUCAAACCGUUGGGCAUCAAGAGCCUCACGUUCCACCUGACGCAGGAGUACAUCGACGGCCUGCAGGCCGUGACUGACCGCAACGCCGAGGGCAAGCUGCACCUCGCACCGAGCCUGCGCGAGGUCGUCCCGCACACGAUGAAGCAGUUCCACGGCGGAGACGGCCUGUACGGCACGGCCAAGGACUACGUCCGCUUCCUGCAGGGCGUGCUCGCGUCCGCCAAGCCGGGCGGGCUUGUCUCGCCAGAGAGCUACAAGUGGCUGUUCACCAACGUCCUGCCUGAGCGCGAGGGCACAACGGUGUACGAGGGCCUCACGGGCUUCUUGUCCCUCCUGCCCGUCGACAAGACGCUGCUCGCCGACACGGGCAAGGCGCUCGGGUACUCGCUCAGCCUGCAGCUCAACACCGUUGAAAGCGCGUAUGGACGCAAGGCGGGCAGCGCGAGCUGGGGUGGGGCCGCCAAGACGAUGUACUGGAUCGACCCGGUGACGGGCGUCAUUGGUGCCGUGUUCACCCAAGUCCUCAAUGGCAACCCUCUCGCCUCCACCGACUAUGUUAACAACGUCUACUACAACUUUGAGCGCGAGCUCUACAACGUGUUGGAGUAG